AUGGCGGCUGUGGAUGCAAGAUAUCGGUUUAUUCUGGUCGAUAUAGGGAGUGCAUGGCUUAAGAAUCCUGAACACCUUAACCUGCCGGAAGAUGCACCACUUCCUGGAACAUCAAACAAAAUUCCAUUUGUUUUAAUCGGGGAUGAAGGCUUUGCAUUAAAGUCAACAAUUCCUCGGCCUUAUCCAGGCCACAAACUCUCGGUUUUUGGUAUUAUGGCUCAUACCUGGAGAAUUUUAUUGAAGCAACUCGAGGUUAAAACAGAAUCGGCAAUCAAUGUUAUUCUUGUUUGUUGCAUUUUGCACAAUCUAUUACGCAUGGACAUCCUUGAAAGUGCAACCCCACGUAAAACGACAACUUCCGCAGCAACACAAGUCGACAGGGACGAAUCAUCAGUUUCGACUUCCAGUGGAUACGAUGUGCGAUGUGCCAAUUAUUCAUCCUCAAAUUCAAUUUGA